ACGGCUCAGCCCGCUGAAGAUGGCCGCGUGUGACGUCAGAGCUCAUCGCACUCAAGAUGGCCGCUAUGUGGACGGUCUCCGGGAACGCUAGGAUGAUUUUAUAUCUUUUUAUCUGUGUGUUCGCAGCAGCGAAGAGCGACGAGCAAGUGCCCCUGGUCGCAUGGGCGAGUGACGGGUUUGUCCUGUCUCCUGUGAAUGCUCCAUCAUCAGGUCACACUGUGUCUGUGGAUGAGCUGGAGUCCGUCCUGAACCGAGCCCUGAGCACUUCCCCUCAUAAUCUACUGCUCUUCCUGCAGGAUAAAUUGAGUGUUGAUGACUUCACGAUGUACGGAGGAGUGUUCGGGAACAAACAGGAUAGUGUCUUCCAGAAUCUGGAGGCGUCUGUGCAGUCCUCCUCCUCCCUAUGGCUGCCGUGUGUGUCGUCGUCCGCCACGGCUCAGGUGUCUACACUGCUCCAGAACCAGAUCGAUGCGGCUCCGCUCUACAUGAACCCGGACACGCUCGCUCAGCUCCGACUCAACACGUCAGUGCCGGCCCUGCUGGUGUUCCGGCUCCCGUACAGCAACGAGGCUGAUAUGAUGUCUACUAAAGAAGUGCUGAGUGGAAACGAUGAGGUGAUGGGUCAGGUGCUGAGCAUCAUGAAGGCUCAGUCUGUGCCGUACACUGCAGUGUUCACUGCGCUGGGACCCUCCAGGGUGAUCGAGGAGUCUCCGGCUGUGCACUCGGUCUGGUCCCGCUCCCUCCUGCAGUCCCGUCGGGAGGACGCCCCCGUCCCCAACCCGCCGCUGGAGUUUAAGGAGAAGGGCUCCGUCUGCAUCCUCCUGUGGGCCGAGUCAGUGGUGGUCAGCCAGUAUCGCUCUGGGAAGUGGGAGAGGCAUGACCUCACCUCCAAGACCUUCGGCAGAGGCGUGACCCCCGACCUGUCCGGGUCCUCCUGCAACGAGACCCACUCUCGGUUGGUUCUGAAUUAUGAAGAUGUCCUGGAUUACCGUUCGUUCAAGCUCAUUUUUGUGAUGAACCGCCGCCACUAUAAGGUGUCUGCCCGUCACUGGUUCACCAUGGACCGUGUCCACCUGGAGUAUGAUGGGAAAAGGGCCUCGUUCAAUGGCAGCCGGCACAUCUACGCCCCGUCCGAGUACUCGUACCGCUGUGAGUCCGUGAGCAGCUCCUACUACCCUCAGCUGUCGCCACACUCGGACAAGGACAACGCCAACGACUGGCACGUCUCUUUCCAGGACUUCCAGGUCCAGGGCUUUAACAUCGCUGGGAGUGAGUUCUCGUACGCCAGUGACUGUGCUAGUUUCUUCACUCCUGGUAUCUGGAUGGGUCUGGUGACGUCUCUGCUCAUGGUGCUGGUCCUCGUGUACGGCCUGCACAUGAUCAUGCAGCUGCGCACCAUGGACCGCUUCGACGACCCCAAGGGUCCCGCCAUCUCUGUGCCUCAGACCGAGUGAAGGACACAGACCCAUUCCUCACGGCACUGCUUUAGUUACACCGUUAGAGUUAUGACCAGAACAAAAACACAACAUUUAUAUAUGUGUGUGUGUAAUAAAGAAGAAUCAUUUUACGAUCAUUAAGAUUUUUUUUCAUUGUGACUUUGACAAUUACAGAGUAAAAUGUUUAAUGGUACUGAAAUGAACUUCUUUUUAUGCAAAAUACAGUUUUGUGAGAUUCAAUCUUAAAUAUCUAUAAAUCUACCUUAUAUUUUCUUUGUUUAUUUACUUUUCCAGAAAACUCGUAUUGAAUUUACAGAUUGGAGCACCAUUAAAUGUAAAUUGUACACUUUGCAUAAUAACUUGUUUGUGUGAGAGAAAUAUCUAUUAACAGACAGCUGAAGGUUUUUAGUGUGCUGUAAAUAUGGAAUAUGAAAAGAAGUAUUAUUUAUUGGUGGUAUGCGUGUAUGUUUGAUUCCAGCGUUUCCCCCUGUAGUUUCCUUCAUAGUUGUGUGUCGUGUGUGUGUGUUCACAGAUGUGUCUGCGUGUUAUUGUGAGAACUGACAUAUUUUGUGACCAAUCUGGGUUUUGAUUUAAAGGGAAAUAUGUUGUGAGCUGUAUUUAAAUAUUAGAAAAAAAAGGUGACCAGAGAUAUUCUGACAUAUUGUUUUUGUUGAAAUAUCAGCAUGAUGUAUACUUUAAUAAUGUUAUUGUAGUGAAUCAUUGCACAAACAGCUCUCAUAAAUAACAUGUUUUAUAUUGAUGGCACAUCUGCUUUAUAUUUCAGAUAUCUAUUGGCAUUUCAUGCUGGCACGUUUUGGAGGUGUACACUCUUCAAUGUGUGUAUUGUGUCCGUGUUAAAUAAACUUCAUUGUGACAACUUA